CGAUACUUCAAACAACUCAAUCGCAGCCUGUUUAAUUCUUCAAGGCUUGCAGAAAGUUACCUCCGAGGCCUCUCAAUCAUCCAGGCAACAUUGUGCAAUGGUGCACCUCUUACUCCGAACUACCAUGUGCCCUUGAACCCGGACUCUUUCGACAAACCUGUUUCUUGUGUCCAUCUGGAUACUUGACCACCCUUCCUCCUACCACCUACAAAUUUAUAUUACUACCCUCUAGACCUCCCUCAAGAUGGCAGACCCCAACAAUGUCUCCCAAUACAAAUAUUCGGCGAUGUCGAACCUGGUUCUCCAGGCCGACCGUCGAUUUGUCUCCCGCCGAACCGAUGAAAACACAGGCGACCCAGAGUCGCUGGCUGGUAGACUCAACAUUCGAGACAUGGGAUCGCGCAUCGGUCGUGAAGAAGCCCCAAAGCAGAAAAAGCUAGGCGCCGGAUUACAGAACCUGGAUCGAGGUUCCAUACGAGAAGGUCAAGAUGUUUUGGAACGAGAACGAAAAAAGCGCAAGAGAGGCGAAUCUUCACAGAUGAGAGGAGCUGGCAUCCUUUCCGCCGGCGACGCCCUCAUUGAAGGUCUCAUAUACCGUCCGAGAACUCCUGCCACUCGCGCGACAUAUGACUUACUUCUCCAUGUCACAUCAACUGCUCUUGGUGAUGUGUCUCAGGAAAUUGUGCGGAGUGCUGCCGAUGCCGUUCUCGAAUAUCUCAAGGAUGAGAACCUCAAAGACUUAGACAAGAAGAAGGAAAUUGAUGAUAUCGUCGGUAUUACAAUGACACCGAAACAGUUCAAUGAACUCGUGAAUCUUGGCAAGAAGAUCACCGACUAUGGCGCACAAGAUGAUGAAGACAUGGAAGAUGCCGACGGACAGAACGACGCCGAAUUGGAUGAUCGCCAGGGCGUUGCUGUCGUUUUCGACGAGUCCGAUGACGAUGUGGACGAGGAUGGCAUUCGACGAACGUACGAGGUUCGUGAUGAAGACGAAGGCUCCUCAGACGACGAAGAUGCUCAAGACCAACCCAGUCUAGAAGAAGCCGCAGCUGCUGGUGGUGCUGGAGUGCCGGACGUUGACGGUGAUGACGAAGAUGCCGGCAUGGUCAUCGAUGGGGGUAUUGGUGAUACCAGUCGACGGAAGCGUGAAGACUCGGAUGCCAUCCCCAUUCACGAAAUUGAUGCGUACUGGCUUCAGAGACAAAUCGGCUCUUUAUACUCGGAUGCUCACAUCCAGCAACAAAAGACUCAAGAUGCUUUACAAAUUCUCUCCGGAAAGUCGCUAGAAGGGGAGGAUAUCUCCCUCCGCGAUAUCGAAAACGACCUCAUGGACCUUUUUGAUUACGAUCAUCCUGAAGUUGUUAGCCUGUUUGUCCUCAAUCGCGAGAGGAUCGUCUGGGUCACCCGGUGGCGAAGAGCUGCAGAAGAUUCGGACGCUCGACAUCUCGUGGAGAGCGAAAUGGUGGAGGCUGGCCAACGGAGUAUUCUUGAUGAACUGCUCGGGAAAUCCGACAAAAGUGCUGAUAGCCAGCGACCCGCGAAGAAGAUCAAGUUGGAUCUUAUGGAUUUGGAUGUGCCAAAGGGCGAGACAACACAACAAGAAGACAAGAAGGAUGGUACUCUUUCUGGAGGCUUACAACCGAGACGCUUGAUCAAUCUAGACAAUCUUGUCUUUGAGCAAGGUAACCAUUUGAUGACCAACCCCAAAGUCGUCCUCCCACAGGGAUCUACCAAGCGAACUUUCAAAGGCUAUGAAGAGAUACAUGUGCCUGCACCGAAACCUAAGCGGGAUCCGGGAGAGAAGAACAUUCCAACCACAGAACUUCCUGAUUGGGCUCGACAAGGAUUUGGUUCUGCAAAAGAAUUGAAUCGUAUUCAGUCAAAAUGCUUUCCAUCAGCGUUUGGCGACGAUGGCAACAUGCUUAUAUGCGCUCCUACAGGUUCCGGAAAGACCAACGUUGCGAUGCUCACUAUCCUACGUGAGAUUGGCAAGCACAGGAACCCUGAAACAGGCGAAAUCAUGUUGGACGAUUUCAAGAUCGUCUACAUUGCGCCGUUGAAAGCUCUCGUUCAAGAACAAGUCGGCAACUUUGGAAAACGACUCGAAGUCUUUGGCAUCCGAGUGGCCGAACUCACAGGUGAUCGACAAUUGACAAAGCAACAGAUUGCCGAUACACAGGUUAUUGUGACGACGCCGGAGAAAUGGGAUGUUAUCACGCGUAAAGCUACUGACAUGAGUUAUACCCGACUUGUUCGAUUGAUCAUCAUCGAUGAAAUCCAUCUUCUUCAUGAUGACCGUGGCCCAGUUCUUGAGAGCAUCGUCAGUCGCACCAUCCGCAAGAUCGAGCAAACAGGAGAGCCAGUACGAAUUGUUGGAUUGAGUGCCACACUCCCCAAUUACCGGGAUGUUGCAACAUUCCUUCGGGUCAACCCCGAAAAAGACCUCUUUCACUUUGAUGGAUCCUACAGGCCUUGCCCGCUCCGACAAGAGUUCAUCGGAAUCACUGACAAGAAAGCUAUCAAAAUGCUCAAAACAAUGAACGAUGUCUGUUAUGCUAAAGUGAUUGAACAUGUCGGCACGAAUCAACAACAAAUGUUGAUUUUUGUCCAUUCUCGGAAAGAAACUGCAAAGACUGCCAAAUACAUUCGCGACAAAGCAGUCGAGCUCGAAUCAAUUGGCCAGAUCAUGCGGACAGACGCUGGGAGUAGAUCGGUGCUGCAAGAAGAAGCCGAUGCAGUCAACGACGCAAACCUAAAAGAUCUCCUCCCUUACGGCUUUGGUAUCCAUCACGCCGGAAUGGGUGUUGCUGAUCGUACCUCGGUGCAAGAUCUCUUCGCCGACGGAUUUCUACGGGUCUUGGUGUGCACAGCCACCCUUGCAUGGGGUGUCAAUCUACCAGCGCAUACUGUUAUCAUCAAAGGCACUUCCGUCUACUCGCCAGAGAAGGGCAGUUGGGUGGAGCUGAGCCCUCAAGAUGUUCUCCAGAUGCUCGGUCGUGCUGGUAGACCUCAAUUCGACUCUUAUGGUGAAGGUAUCAUCAUCACGGCGCAGUCAGAAAUUCAGUACUAUCUAUCUUUGAUGAAUCAACAGCUCCCGAUUGAAAGUCAGUUGAUGAGCAAACUUGCCGACAAUCUCAAUGCGGAAAUUGUACUCGGAAACAUUCGAACGAGAGACGAGGGUGUGGAGUGGCUCGGCUACACUUAUCUCUUUGUACGCAUGAUUCGAUCCCCUGGUCUUUACAGUGUGGGGACAGAUUACGAUGAUGAUGAGACGUUGGAACAGAAACGAGUCGAUCUCAUCCAUUCGGCUGCAGUCGUUCUCGAGAGGGCUGGGCUACUGAAGUACGACAAGAAGACGGGCAAACUGCAAGCUACUGAUCUUGGCCGAAUAGCCUCCCACUACUACAUCACGCACAACUCCAUGCUGACAUACAAUCAAAACCUCCAACCUUCGAUCGGGACGGUUGAACUCUUCCGGCUCUUUGCCCUCAGUGACGAAUUCAAGUACAUUCCUGUUCGUCAGGAUGAGAAAUUGGAAAUGGCCAAACUACUUGGCAGGGUUCCAAUUCCUAUCAAGGAGGGAAUUGAAGAGCCACAAGCCAAAAUCAAUGUCUUGCUCCAAGCAUUCAUCUCUCGUCUAAAGCUAGAGGGCCUCGCUUUGAUGGCUGAUCUCGUGUAUGUCACACAAUCUGCUGGCCGAAUCUUGCGAGCCAUCUUCGAGAUAUGUUUGAAGAAAGGAUGGGCAGGAGUGGCAAAGACUGCUCUCGACCUUUGCAAGAUGGCCGAAAAGAGAAUGUGGCCGACUAUGACUCCCCUUAGACAAUUUCCAAUGUGUCCAAGGGAGUAUGUCCAAAAAGCUGAACGCAUGGAAGUCCCGUGGUCUGCUUACUUUGAUCUGGAUCCACCGAGAAUGGGCGAACUGCUUGGCCUUCCAAAGGCAGGAAGAGUGGUUUGCGAUUUGGUAUCCAAGUUUCCUCGCCUUGAAGUACAGGCUCAAGUUCAACCAAUGACACGAUCCCUUCUUCGAGUUGAACUCGCCAUCACGCCAAACUUUGUGUGGGACGAGGUUCUCCAUGGCACCUCUGAGUCCUUCUGGAUUUGGGUCGAGGAUUGUGAUGGUGAAGAGAUUCUAUUCCAUGAUCAAUUUAUUCUGCGCAAAGAAUUUGCCAGUGGAGAGGCCACAGAGCAUCUCGUUGAAUUCACGGUCCCCAUCACCGAGCCUAUGCCGCCUAACUAUUUUAUCACCCUCACGUCAGAUCGAUGGAUGCAUUCGGAGACUAAAAUUCCUGUCUCGUUUCAAAAGCUGGUUCUUCCGGAGCGUUUCCCACCUCAUACGCAACUCCUGGACUUGCAGCCUGUGCCUGUUCAGGCGCUGAAGGUGAAAGAGUACGUUGACCUUUAUCCUAACCUGGACCGAUUCAACAAAAUCCAGACCCAGGUCUUCAAGUCUUUGUACGAUGGAGAUGAGAGUGUCUUUGUUGGAGCUCCAACUGGUAGUGGAAAGACCAUCUGUGCGGAAUUUGCACUUCUUCGACACUGGAAGAAUCCAGAUGCCGGCAAAGCGGUUUACGUUGCACCUUUCCAGUCACUCGUGGAUAUUCGUCACGCAGACUGGAACUCUCGAUUCGGCGAGCUUGGAGGCGAGAGGACCAUUUCAACGUUGACAGGUGAGCUUACCGCAGAUCUUCGAAUCUUGGAACGAUCAGACUUGGUCUUGGCAACGCCAUCGCAAUGGGAUGUGCUGUCUCGUCAAUGGCAACGCCGUAAGAACGUUCAAGCUGUGGAGCUUUUCAUCGCAGACGAACUUCACAUGAUCGGGGGAGAAAAUGGAUCAAUCUACGAAUCUGUGGUUUCACGAAUGCAAUACAUUCACAUUCAACUCGAAAACAAGUUGAGAAUCAUCGGAUUGAGUGUUCCGUUGUCGAAUGCGAGAGAUGUUGGCGAAUGGAUUGGGGCCAACAAGCACACGAUCUACAACUUCAGUCCUAUGGUCAGACCUGUUGGGCUGGAAUUGCAUAUUCAAUCAUUCUCGAUUCCACAUUUCCCAUCGCUCAUGAUGGCGAUGUCUAGGCCUGCAUAUCAAUCGAUUCUGCAACUGUCGCCAGACAAGCCAGCGAUCAUUUUCGUCCCUGGGCGAAAACAGGUCCGAGCCACAGCUGUCGAUAUCCUCGCGGCUUGUAUCAUGGACGACGACGAUGAGCGAUUUCUCCACACCAAUGUCGAGGAACUGCAACCGUUCUUGGAAAGAAUCAACGAAAAGGCGCUUGCUGAAUCCCUGACCCACGGUAUUGGGUACUACCAUGAAGCGCUCUCGGUCAGUGACAAGAAAAUCGUGUCACAUCUUUACAAGAUUGGCGCUAUACAAGUCAUGCUGGCUUCAAGAGAUGUGUGCUGGGAAAUACCGCUAACGGCACAUCUUGUGGUCAUUAUGGGCACUCAGUAUUUCCAGGGCCGCGAGCAUCGCUAUGUCGACUAUCAGAUCAAUGAAGUGCUUCAAAUGUUCGGUCGUGCAUGUCGACCAGGCGAGGACAAGAUCGGGAAGGGAGUUUUGAUGGUGCCGGCUGUCAAGAGGGAAUACUAUAAGAAAUUCUUGAACGAGGCCCUGCCCAUCGAAAGUCAUCUCCCUCUAACCCUGCACGAUGCGUUUGUGACCGAGAUCAGCACCAAAACCAUCACGUCAACUCAGGAUGCCGUUGAUUGGACCACCUACACAUACUUUUACCGACGAUUGUUGGCGAACCCUAGCUAUUAUGGUCUCAACGAUACAUCCCAUGAUGGACUGAGUACUCACUUGUCGGAAUUGGUGGAGAAUACUCUUAAGGAGCUCUCAGAAGCCAAGAUCAUCGAUCUGGAUGAAGAAGACGACUCAGUCUCGCCGCUCAAUCCCGCUAUGAUUGCAGCAUAUUACAACAUUUCGUUCAUCACGAUGCAGACAUUCCUCCUUUCGCUCACGGGCCGAACGAAGUUGAAGGGCAUGCUCGAAAUUGUAACUUCCGCCACCGAGUUCGAAUCGAUUCAAAUGCGUCGUCAUGAAGAUCACAUUCUCCGGCGUAUCUACGACCGAGUACCAGUCAAGAUGUCGGAACCAGCAUUUGACUCGCCGCAUUUCAAAGCGUUGGUUCUUCUGCAAGCGCACUUCUCACGGAUGCAGCUUCCCAUCGAUCUUGCUAAAGACCAAGAGGUGAUUGUCUCCAAGAUCCUGGCGUUGUUGUCUGCUUGCGUCGACGUCCUGUCUUCAGAAGGACACCUGAACGCGAUGAACGCCAUGGAAUUAUCUCAAAUGUCUGUUCAAGCAAUGUGGGACCGUGACAGUCCACUGCUACAAAUCCCCCAUUUCGACGCCAAGAUCGUCAACAUCCUCUCCAAGCAUGAUGUCAAGGACAUUGACGAUUUCAUGACCGCGAUGGAUCCAAGCGAGAAUCCAGACCACGCCAAGUUGGUUGCCGAGAUGGGUUUGACCAACCGCCAACUCGUCGACGCUGCCAAUUUCACCAAUAACAAGUAUCCCAAUCUCGAAUUUGACUUUGAUGUCUUGGACAAGGAAGAAAUCACCGCUGGACAACCUAGCCAUCUCCAGAUCCGCGUGACACGAGACGUCGACGAAGAUGAGGAUGAGGAGGAAGAUUCAGGACCAGCUGAGGUUGACCUGUCUGUGCACGCACCGUUCUAUCCUGGUAAGAAACUGGAGAACUGGUGGUUGGUCGUGGCGGAGGAGAAAACCAAGUCUCUGCUUGCGAUAAAGAGGGUUACUAUUACCAAGAAGUUGGAAACGAAGUUGGAAUAUGUGGUUCCAACGGCUGGUAAGAAGGAUCUUACUUUGUUCCUCAUGUCGGAUUCGUAUGUGGGCGUGGAUCAGAGUUUGAAUUUUAGUGUCGAGGUGGCGGAGGGAGAAGAUGAGGAUGAAGACGAGGAUGAGGAGGAAGAUGAUGAAUAGGGGAAGAGUGAAAGGGGGAGAGAAUUGUUAGAGGAGCCGUCUGUCCACAAAUAGACUUUGCUAUGGAAUCUGUAAGAGUAAAUACUCCGAGAGGAUGUGAUGAUCCUUGUUUAGGACCUAAAAUGAUUGAUUGAGUAGGUUUGACAAUAUG